GAUUUUGGGACUGAAGUUAGUAGGUUAGCAGAAAAGGCCUAAAAUACGUAGAUCUACGUAAAAAGACGUAGAGUUGGCAACACUGCAUACAAAAUAUACAAAUGUACUGCAAAUGAAUAUGCUUGUAAGCAGACUUUUUUGUUCUGAUGAAGACUAUCGAUCGAAAGAUCGCGGUAUUUCCUGCUUAGAAUGAUGAAAAACAAUACGAUUGAGAAUAAUCCAUUAGAUUUGGAGUCCUUCCAAUGUAGAUCUGCAAAUCGUAAUAAAAGUGGGCGACCUUUAAAAGAUAACAUGGUUCGAUUUGGCCCGCAACAUCAAUCGUUUGUUUCAAAGUUACUGAAAAAUUACUACAAAGAUGAUUUGAAAUUGUUAACAAAUGAUUCCAAAGGUCUAUCUACAGACUCUGAGUAUAUCCAUGAUUUGACUAAUAAUGACGAUAUUUUACUUGAAGGAAACCAUUCUAGCAUUAUCAUUGAGGUGCCUAAUUUAGCGAUGCCUACAAAAAAGAACCAGAAUGGUGAAUAUUCAUGUGACUAUGCUAACUGUUCUUAUUCUACUAAAUUAUCAUCAAAUCUAAAGAAACACAAAAGAACACAUAGUUCAGAAAAACCUUACUUGUGUGAUAUGUGCCCUUUCCAAUCAAAAUUUAUAAAUUCUCUUAAAACUCAUAAAAGAACUCACACCAAUGAGAGACCGUAUAAUUGUAUAUUUUGUAGUUACCGUUGCAAUAGCAGUUCUAAUCUCAAAAAACACUGCAAACACAUGCAUUCUAAUAACUUUGUUUUGGAGACCUGAAGAAUUUUAUAUUUUUUUUGUACUUUUGGUCUAGUAAUUAUAUAAAUUAAUCAGAAUUCAUAAUAAGUUU